AUGCUUUUUACUUCAAAGUCUAGUUAACUUGAGAUUAUGAGUAUCUAAUUAUUAUUUUACUAAUUUUACCACUACCCUUAAAUUUUUAUGUAGCGUGAUCCUAUUCAUAACUGCUUAUUAUAUCAUAAACUGUUGAUAAUUUUGGUAUAUACUCAUCCUAAAAAUACUUAGCUAUUUCCUUUUGAUUCAUUAUCUUCAUAGAAUAAGUAUACCUUCGUUCUGAGUUCCUCUAAUUUUGAUAGAGUUUAUUUCACCAUUGAGAAUAGCACUAAAAUUCUUUCUUUUGUAUUAUAUAAUUAUACAAUCAAUAUUAAUAUAUAAGAAUAUAAAUGGGUAUAAUAAAAACAAAUUUUUAGAGUUCGGAUUUUUAGUGAUCAGUAUAUAUUAUGGAAUUUAUGCUUUGGCUGA